AUGGGCAAUAAAAAACAACAAAAAACUCGUCGUGUUGCUGUUCAGAAACUUGCUCAGCUUAAACGACUAGUAAGUUUGAAGGAUAAUCGAUUAAAGGAAAAAGAUCGUUUAAUAAAACAAAAAAAGGAAGAUCCAACUCAGUUGAAAGUUAUUGAAAAGCCUAAAUCAUCGUCUGCUCUGUUCUUCAGCUAUAAUACACAACUUGGACCACCUUAUCAUGUUAUAUUGGACACAAACUUUAUAAACUUUAGCAUCAAAAACAAGCUAGACAUUUUGAAGAGCUUGAUGGACUGUCUAUAUGCCAAAUGUAUUCCAUACAUCACUGAAUGUGUUCGAGGAGAACUGGAAAAGAUGGGACAAAAGUAUAAAUUAGCAUUGAAGAUUAUCAAAGACGAUCGUUUUGAGAGACUUCCUUGUAUGCAUAAAGGAACGUAUGCUGAUGACUGCAUAGCUAAUCGAGUAACACAGCAUAAAUGUUAUAUAGUUGCUACAAACGAUAAAGAUCUAAAGAGACGAAUAAGAAAGAUACCUGGAGUUCCAAUAAUGUCUGUAUCGUUGAAUCGAUACACAAUUGAGAGAAUUGGAGAUAGCUUCGAGCCAAUGAGCAGUAGAAAAUCAUAA